ACAACAGGGCUCCUGUGUGCGGCUGACAGUUGGGGCGGGCAAGGGCCCAGGCAAAUGAGCGGCAGCACAGGCAAAUAUAGAGGCGUGUGGGGUCCGGGCUCCCUUCCACCUCGGCGCUCGCCAGGAUGGAGGGCAGCCUAGAGCAGCUCCGCAGGGGCCGGGGGCCCGAGGCGGCGGGGCCCAGCCAGGCCGUGGCCAAGCUGCAGGAGCUGGCCCUGAGGUGGUUCAUGGAGACGCAGGCUCCCCUCAUUCUGCACAAUGGAGCCCUGCCCCCCUGGUUUCACGGAUUCAUCACCCGCAAGCAGGCGGAGCAGCUGCUCAGGGACAAAGCUCUUGGCUCCUUCCUCAUCCGCCUCAGUGACCGGGCCGCCGGCUACAUCUUGUCCUACAGGGGCAGCGAACGAUGCCGGCAUUUUGUCAUCACCCAGCUCCAAAACCGGCGCUACCUGGUCUCCGGGGACACCCAGAGCCACGGCAGCCUGGCCGAGCUCGUGGGCCACUACCAGAAGGCACAGUUUGAGCCCUUCGGGGAGACCCUGGCUGCCGCCUGUCCUCGGCUGGAGGACAAUGAUCUGUACGAUGCCAUCUCCCUGGGCCUCCAGCAGACCCGUCUGGGCGUGGAGGACCCACCGGCCACGGUCCCUCCCACGGGAUCCCCCCCAAAGGCCAGCGGCCCCCGCCCCCCUCCGAAGCCCCAGGUCUCCUUCCUGCCCACGAAGAGGAGCCUGGAUGGGAACCUGUCGGAGGAGCAGGGCGCGGAGCCCCCCGCCAGGGUGCCCCCCAUCCCGGAGAGGGGUGCCUGCCUCCUGGACCAGUCUCUUGGAGGUCCCACCAACGUCCUGUAUGCCGACCUGAAGAAGAUACGGCCGGCACGGCUGGGUCCGGACACAGCGGCGUCUGGCGGGUGCGGGCCGCCCCCAGCUGGCCCCCAGGCCUGUUCCCCCGGCGAGGAGGCCCUGAGCAGACCCCCAGAAGGAAGCCAACACAGGACCGACAGCCCAGGGCCAGCCCUCUCCCCGGGAAGCCCAGGCCAGGGCCCGACCGGGCCUCCCAUUUCCUGGGGCCUCCUCCUGCCCCCCAGUUCUGAGGCGCAAGGCACCUCAGCUGCCACCCGGAGCCAGGGGUCUCCCAGGCCUGGCCCCAGGGCUCAGCCCCGCCCCCAGGACAGCUCUGCAGACGCCUACGCACUGCUCCAGGGGGCAGACUCCCUGGAGGCGGCCCGCGACCUGCCAGACCAAGAAGGCAGCCCCUACGAGCAGGUCCCGGCCUGCUGGGGCGGCCCCGCCUGGCCCCCCCUUCCUCGGGCCGGUCUCCCCCAUGGCAAGCUGCCGGGGCCCACAGACAGCGCCUACACGAGGAUCGCAGGGGCCCCCGAGCUCCCGGAGCCCAGCGACACCUAUGAACACAUCCCAGCAGCCAAGAGCCAGGGCCCGGAACAGACACACAAGCCUGACAAGCUCCGGAAGCUCUUCUUCGCGAACAAGAAGCACAGAAGGGUCUGA